UUGAAUAGUUAGGGUUCCUCCGGCGGAGGAGGAGAGCGUUCCAGGUAGAGCGGGAGAUUUUCUUGCGCUGUGACUGCGGCGGGGCGCCCGCCAUGGCGAAUCUCAUGAGCGAGCUCGAGCGCUUCGAGGCAGAGAUCAAGGAUUUGGGAUCGGAGCUCACGACGCCUCUCUCGCGCUCUUCGCCGCCACGCCCGCCUCCAAUGAUCGGCCCUUCUCCUUCACCUCCGGCUUCAAUCCAGGCACCGAUUGGUCCGACUACUAGACCGAUUCAAAUUAGGCCGGCUCCACCUCCAAGCUCGCAGUUCACAUACUUGAGCCAACCAUUCUCAGCGCCACAAGUCACUCCAACCUUCUAUACUCACGUACCAUUCCAGCCACAGUAUCAGCAGCCUCCAACCUCGGCUGUGAUUCAAGCGCCGCAGUACCAUUACCAAGGACUCUACCAAGGUGCUCCAGACCUUUACAAUCACCCUCAACAACAACAAGCCCAAGUUUUGUUUCAAAAGGACGCACAGACUAUAAACCCGGAAGCGCUGGAGAAUGUAAAAGCCGCUCUUGCUAGUGGUGACAACGAGCAGAAAUCAGAGGCAAAGAAGCGAGCAAUUCCUCGGAAAGCAGCUGGACAAUCUUGGGAGGAUUCCACUCUCGGAGACUGGCCAGAAAAUGAUUUUCGUUUGUUUUGUGGGGAUUUGGGGAACGAGGUUAACGACGAAGUACUAACCAAAGCUUUUACAAGAUUUCCGAGUUUCAACAUGGCUCGAGUAGUUCGUGACAAGCGUACGGGGAAAACGAAGGGUUAUGGAUUCGUGAGCUUCUCCAGUGCUGCUGAUCUUGCCUUUGCGAUGAAAGAAAUGAAUGGCAAGUACGUUGGUAACAGGCCGAUCAAGCUUCGGAAGAGCACUUGGAAAGAAAGGACUGACUACGAGGCACUUGAAAAGCAGAAGAGCUUCAAGAGACCGAAGAUCGUGAAGAAAAACGUUCUACACAAAUAAAAGAAAUACAAAGAAUGAAAAGGAACACACUGCUGUACUGAUUUAAUCGAUCAUUCAUUGUUCCAUUGGUC